AUUCAGCCCCCAGUUUAUGUCGCGUGUGCUCUGGCUGAUGACGUGUCCUGAACACGCUUCUCAUAGAGCCGCUGACCGGGGCUAGCUAGCUAGCCACUAGACUGCAGGGCACCAUCAUCAGAGGAACACCAUGGCCAUUAAAUUCUUAGAGGUGAUAAAGCCAUUCUGUGCGGUCUUACCUGAGAUCCAGAAACCAGAGAGGAGGAUUCAGUUCAGAGAAAAGGUGUUAUGGACUGCAAUCACGCUGUUCAUCUUUCUGGUGUGCUGCCAGAUUCCCCUCUUUGGAAUCAUGUCUUCAGACUCAGCAGAUCCCUUUUACUGGAUGAGAGUGAUCCUGGCAUCCAACAGAGGUACUCUGAUGGAGUUGGGUAUCUCUCCCAUUGUGACAUCUGGUCUGAUCAUGCAGCUGCUGGCUGGAGCUAAAAUCAUUGAGGUUGGAGACACACCUAAAGAUAGAGCCCUCUUCAACGGAGCUCAGAAACUCUUUGGCAUGAUCAUCACCAUUGGCCAAUCUAUCGUGUAUGUGAUGACUGGCAUGUAUGGAGACCCUUCAGAGAUGGGUGCUGGAAUCUGCCUCCUCAUCAUCAUCCAGUUGUUUGUGGCCGGUCUGAUCGUGUUGCUGCUGGAUGAGUUGCUGCAGAAGGGUUACGGUUUGGGCUCUGGUAUUUCUCUCUUCAUCGCCACCAACAUCUGUGAGACAAUCGUAUGGAAGGCGUUCAGCCCAACCACAGUCAACACAGGAAGAGGUACAGAGUUUGAAGGAGCCAUUAUUGCUCUGUUCCACCUGUUGGCCACUCGUACUGAUAAAGUGCGAGCUCUGAGAGAGGCCUUCUACAGACAGAACCUGCCCAACCUCUUGAACCUAAUCUCUACAGUCUUCGUCUUUGCAGUGGUCAUAUACUUUCAGGGCUUCAGAGUUGACCUCCCUAUCAAAUCUGCACGUUACCGUGGCCAGUAUAACACGUAUCCCAUCAAACUGUUCUACACCUCCAACAUUCCCAUCAUCCUGCAGUCUGCAUUGGUGUCCAACUUGUACGUCAUCUCUCAAAUGCUCUCCACUCGCUUCAGUGGGAACUUUUUGGUCAACCUGCUGGGUACUUGGUCGGAUACCUCAAGUGGAGGGCCAGCUCGUGCUUAUCCAGUAGGUGGUCUGUGUUACUACCUCUCUCCCCCAGAGUCCUUCAGCACAGUUCUUGAGGAUCCAGUCCAUGCCAUCAUUUACAUCAUCUUUAUGCUGGGAUCCUGUGCCUUCUUCUCUAAGACCUGGAUUGAGGUGUCUGGAUCCUCUGCCAAAGAUGUCGCCAAACAGCUGAAAGAACAGCAGAUGGUUAUGAGAGGACACAGAGAAACUUCUAUGGUCCAUGAACUGAACAGGUACAUCCCCACAGCAGCAGCUUUCGGAGGCCUGUGUAUAGGUGGCCUCUCAGUAAUGGCCGACUUCCUGGGAGCCAUCGGUUCAGGAACUGGAAUCUUGUUGGCCGUCACCAUCAUCUACCAGUACUUUGAGAUCUUUGUGAAAGAACAGAGUGAAGUAGGCAGUAUGGGUGCUCUCCUCUUUUAGUACAGCCCUCCACAUCAGACUGACUGAAUUUAUGAGGUUCUUUUUUUUUUUUUUAUAUA